GGUUUGCUUACUAUAGUGCUGGUGGUGGUACUUAGCUGUCAUCGCUGAAAUUGGCUGCGAAAGAGUGUCAAGGUACCAUGGUAGAGCUAUGAUAAGGGCAAUGAGAUUUUGACAGAAAACUGGGUGGAGCUGUGGCCAGAUGGAGAACUAUUUUCAAGCAGAAGCAUAUAACCUCGAUAAAGUUUUAGAUGAAUUUGAGCAAAGCGAAGGUGAGACAAAUUCACGUGUUUUAUUGGAUGCAAAGUGGAAUCAGAUCCUCGAUUCUUCCCCUCAUUUGUUGACGCUUAAUCCAGGCCUUGUGAGUGUGAAUGAUGCUGCCCUUUCCAGUGAGAGACGGUCAGCACUAAAGUCUAUUUCCAUCUCUUGCACCAGCAUCAGAACUUCAGGAGAAAGUGAGGAACAUUGUUGGAAUGGCAAAGAUAAUGCUUUGAACUUUGAAUCCCCUACUGGUCUGCAAGUUGAAAAGGAGGCUGUACCAGAAGUUCAUUCAGCUAACACAGAAGGAACUCUAUCAGUUUGCCAUGACUCUGCUGAAACAGCUGAGAAAACAAAUGAAAAUGUAGUCAACUCUGAAGAGGCUGUUAACAUGGCCUUACAGAAUGGUGACAGGGCACUACCAGGUGGAAGACUACUGGAUUAUAACACUUCCAACAUUCAGUUUAUGUUGGACACUAAUAAUUCUACAUUGGACAACAAGCAUAAAAAUAACAUUUUGUUGUGCCCUGAGCUGCAAGAAUCCAUGGAUUACUCUUUGUACAUAGCAAAGCAAGGUGACCAGCCAAAUAAGCUUGAUUUAAAGGACAGUAUUUCUGUAUGUAGUCCUGCUAAUACACUAGGUGAUACUGUAGAUUUAGGUUCAGAAAUAAAAAGUACUUUGACAUUGCAUCAGCAAGACCAUUUUUCUGAGUCUUCUAAUGCUGAAGGUAGCAUAGAAAUACCUUCGUAUACUUUGGGCGGUACUGCAGUAGUAAAGGAUAAGGAUGGCUCGGAAACACUAAUGAAGAUUGAGAACUUGGAUGUGUGCCUUAAACUUGACUGUCCAACUGAAGGUUUGAAAACUGUGCUUCCUAAAGGCAGAAACCGCUUUAAACUUGAGGAAGACUUGGAAACUAAAGCAGAUGAUCAGAAGCCACAAAGUCGAGACCAUGCAUCUUGUGAGGAUGAUGUGUACUGCAUGGCUGAUUACAAUGAAGAAUGCACUGACCACAUAAGAACUGCUGAUAAGAAUGUCAGUAGUGAUGUGGGUGGUGAUCAAACAGACAUGAAUAUUGUAGAUUCUCUGUAUGUCACCAGUGAACAUUGUUCUGCCGACAUUGAAGGUGUAACUGUUGAUGAACUGGUUCAUUGCAAUGAUGACUUCAGUACUGAAGAAUGUAAUAAGAGCUCGUGUACUGAUGCUGAGGAUGAUAAAAGUGGGUUUCAUAUGGAUGAGGCAGAACCCACUGUAGGUGUUACAACAGAAUCACAUUUUAGUAUUUUGGGAGAGGUACAGUUAGGUGACUUGCUUGAUAGCAACCUUGAUUCCUGUGGAAUGCAAACUUCCUCUGUAGCCCAAAUUUCUAAUGCUUUACCUUCCAAGGAGGAUUCUGUAACAGAAGAGAAGGAAAUAGAAGAGAGCAAAACGGAAAGUUAUUCCAGUGUGUAUGAUCAGCAAAAGGAAAGCAGAAUUUUGGAUGUAGGUGGAUCUUUUGGCAUUAUAGAAACAGACCAAAUGAAAAGUGACCAUUUCACUUGUCCUACCAGUCCAGUACUUGGUAUACAAGGACAGGCAUUGCCGACACAGCCUGUCAGUAUUCCGUAUGGUGGUGCCCGACCGAAGCAACCUACACACCUUAAAUUGCAAAUUCCAAAGCCAUUGUCUGAUCAGUUGCCUCAAAACACUGUUGCUAACACUAAAAACAAAGCUAAUUGUGCUGGUAUAGCGAAUAUAGCAGAUAAUCUAGAAGAGGAUGCAGUUUGUGAUGGCACAUUAUUACCCACCUCUAAAUCAGGUGCCAAUGGGGAGUGCCUGGUAGGACUUGACAGUAGAACAUCUGGUAGUCCUGGUAGUGUAGUUCCUGGAAGCCCUGAUAAUGAUCUUAGGGCAGAACAAUUAUUUGCAGCUGCCAGUAAAAAGCCAUUUACAACUCUUGGUGAGGUUGCCCCAGUGUGGGUGCCAGAUUCUCAUGCACCAAAUUGUAUGAAGUGUGAGGCCAAGUUUACAUUCACAAAACGAAGACACCAUUGUAGAGCUUGUGGGAAGGUAUUCUGUGCAGUGUGCUGCAGUCUGAAAUGCAAGCUGAAUUACAUGGAGAAGAAGGAAGCCAGAGUGUGUGUCACCUGCCACUCUGUACUGCUGAACGCUCAAGCAUGGGAUAACGUGAUGAGUACAUCAAGUCAGAGUCCGAACCCAAAUAACCCAGCAGAGUAUUGUUCAACUAUCCCUCCUUUGCAGCAAGCUCAGGCAUCUGGAGCUCUAAGUUCUCCUCCGCCAACUGUCAUGGUGCCUGUUGGAGUACUCAAGCAUCCUGGCACUGAAGUGGGAGCGCAGCCCAAAGAACACAGGCGUGUCUGCUUUGCUGAUGGGAUCUUACCCAAUGGAGAGGUUGCAGAUGAAUCAAAGUUAGCAGGAAAUGGACCUUCAUCAGCCGGAACAUUGGCAGUGUCACAUGACCCAAGUACACCAGUAUCUGAUAACACAUCUCCUUCUGAGAAUGUCAAGUCUACUGCACCUUCUGGAAGGAUAACUCCAGUUGGAAGUCCUGUAGGAAGUGCUAUUAACCUUAUUCCAGAUGAUGGGCUUCCUCCUAUUCUCAUUUCAACUGGAGUUAAAGGAGACUAUGCUGUAGAAGAAAGGCCAUCUCCGAUUUCAGUGAAGCAGCAGUUAGAAGAUGGUGGACCAGAUCCACUUGUAUUUGUCCUCAAUGCAAACUUGUUGGCUAUGGUCAAAAUUGUAAACUAUGUGAACAGAAAAUGCUGGUGCUUCACCACCAAGGGAAUGAAUGCUGUAGGACAGAGUGAGAUUGUCAUACUUUUACAGUGUUUACCAGAUGAGAAAACUAUCCCCAAAGACAUUUUGCUUCACUUUGUGCAGCUUUAUCAAGAUGCACUGGCAGGUAAUGUUGUUAACAACUUGGGACAUUCCUUCUUCACCCAGAGUGGCCUUGGCAGCAAAGAGCAUGGUGGGUUCCUUUAUGUUGCUCCUACGUAUCAGUCACUGCAGGACCUUGUACUGCCCAACCCACCCUAUCUGUUUGGAAUCCUUAUUCAGAAAUGGGAAACUCCCUGGGCCAAGGUGUUUCCAAUUCGACUCAUGCUCAGGCUUGGAGCAGAAUACAGAUUUUACCCAUGUCCACUCUUCAGCGUGAGAUUUCGCAAGCCUUUGUUUGGUGAAACUGGACAUACAAUUAUGAAUCUACUAGCUGACUUCAGGAAUUACCAGUACACACUGCCUGUUGUCCAGGGUCUGGUUAUAGACAUGGAAGUAAAGAAAACCAGCAUCAAGAUUCCUAGUAACAGAUACAAUGAGAUGAUGAAAGCUAUGAAUAAAUCGAAUGAGCAUGUGCUGGCAGUUGGAGCAUGCUUUAAUGAGAAAGCUGACUCCCACCUUGUUUGUGUUCAAAAUGAUGAUGGAAACUAUCAGACUCAAGCUAUUAGUAUCCAUAACCAGCCACGAAAGGUUACCGGUGCCAGUUUUUUUGUGUUCAGUGGUGCUUUGAAAGCUUCCUCUGGGUACCUGGCAAAGUCCAGCAUCGUAGAAGAUGGUGUAAUGAUUCAGAUUACAGCUGAAAACAUGGAGUCCUUACGACAAGCACUGCGAGAAAUGAAAGAUUUCACUGUGACGUGUGGAAAAAGUGAUGCAGAAGAAGACGCUCUGGAACAUGUUUACAUUCGCUGGGUAGAAGAUGACAAAAACUUUAACAAAGGUGUUGUUAGUCCCAUUGAUGGCAAAUCAUUGGAAUCAAUAACAAGUGUUAAGAUAUUUCAAGGAUCAGAGUAUAAAGCCAGUGGAAAGGUCCUUCGAUGGACAGAGGUAUUUUUCCUGCAGAGUGAUGAUCAGCUCAAUGGACUGGGUGACCCAGCUGACCACAGCAGACUGACUGAAAAUGUGGCCAAGGCUUUUUGUUUGGCUCUUUGUCCCCAUCUUAAGCUGCUUAAAGAAGAUGGCAUGACAAAACUAGGCUUGCGUGUCACACUGGACUCCGACCAGGUUGGCUACCAAGCUGGAAGCAAUUCCCAGCCCCUGCCUUCUCAGUAUAUGAAUGAUCUUGAUAGUGCUUUAGUGCCGGUAAUCCAUGGAGGAGCAUGUCAGCUGAGCGAAGGAUCAGUUGUAAUGGAACUCAUAUUUUAUAUUCUGGAAAACAUCUCCUAAGCAACUCUCCAGAGACAAUCUUUUCAUAUGGACUUUAUUCUGAUGCAACUAUUUGCACUUUAAAAAACUGAAAACCAGGCUAUGGUUGUGACACUGCAGCAGUGGGAUUUAGCUCUUCUAUGCAUUAUCAACAAAGAUCAGGGCAGCUUGUAGUCUACAACUAUAUCAUCUUCAUAAGGAAACUAAUUCUUCCUUCAAAAGCUUCUGUGAGAAGUGUUUUAAGAAGACUGCUACACAGUAAUUCGAUGUAGAAGGUAGAUUUGUAAAAUGAGGCCUCCAAUACUGUGAUUUUGAAAAAAAAAAAAGUACAAAGGAGAAAUUGGAGACCAACGCUUCUGACCUCAUCUCAUUUGUAAUAUACUCAACUGUUUAUUCUGUAUUCAUUGUAGAGUAAUGUUAAAUUAUUUGAGCCAGCACACUGGCUAAAGCACUUAAUUUAAUCUCUGUAUUAUCCAAAAAGCUGAACUGUAAGGAUUUCUAGCCAUGACGCAAGUAUUGUAUAUACUGUACCAAUGUUAAUUACACUUUUUUUUGUUUGCAGUCAGCCAGACUGCACUGCAAGGCAGCAGCAGCCAUGCUGUGAUUCUCAACACAAGCAUAUAGUUUUUUCAUGCUUUUUUAACACUAAUACUGAAAUGUAAUACCUUCAAGUGUAUUUAUGUAGCAGUCAUACGGGAUAAGGCACUUCGGGGAUAAAGUAGUCACUGUUAAUAAUCUUAGUAGUAAAGACUCCUAUGCCUUGAACAUAUUUUUUCAAUAAAAUUGUGCACUCUGAA